AUGAAAUCAGGUUUCAACCUUUUCAGCUUAACCCUAAAAGGCUGGCUCAUAUUUAGUGGAAGUUUUAUAGCUUUAGGCGGGCUUGGAUUUUACUUUUUUAAGGGACCCAGAGCAAGAACCUUGAUUCUUGAAGUUCUACCUGAGGAAACACUUAUUGACCUCCUUCAUCUCAUAAGAAAACAAUACUCGAAAUACUAUAAAAAGAACCAGCUUCAUGGCAGAAAGCAGCGAAGAAGGCUUCCUAGAGGCUCUGAUGAAUAUUUCAAAUAUGUAAAAGAAUGUUUUGGAAUUCACAACAAAUUAUUAGAUGAUGCAAUUGAUGAAGUUUUAAGUGGUAAAAAUAUAAAGCGAGAUACAUAUGAAAAUUCUAUGAAAUUAUUCAAGCAUGAAGCCAGCAUAUCAGAAGCUUAUCAAGAUAUCCGAAAAAUCGUCAAUAAAGGCCCAGUUUCACUAGACUUGACUCCUGACAAACUCCAUGAGAUCCUUACAUUUUAUAGGAAUAGACUGGACGCGGAAUCCCCAUCUCAAAGCCCAUAUUCUCUGCCUUUAACACUAACACUUAUAGAAGAUGACGUAUAUGAAGCAUUUAGAGUAGAAAUUGAAGAAAUAGAAAGAGCUUUUGACAUGUAUUGGGAUAUGCUGAAAGAAUUCGACCCAUUAAUCCAGACUAUUUGUCAAGCCAAGCUGAUAGAUGAAGUAGAAGAUAUAGAAAUCCCUACAAUUAGGGAAAGACGGAGCUUCGAAUAG